CAUACCUCUGCCCUCCGCAUGCGCUGAGCAUGUCGGACCCAAAAGCUGCCAAUGUCGGCCAGAAUGGUCCUGCGACCUCUGGGCAGGCAUCGACAGCCACGGCCGGCCAGGGUGCGGCACCAGCCAAGCCUGCUGCUACUGCUUCUCAAGGCAACCCGGCUUUUCGCAUGAUGGGCCUACCUCGCCUCCGACUACCCUCCAGGAACUGGCUCAUCUUCCUCUCCAUCACUGGCUCCUUCGCGUCGGCCGUCAUAUACGACAAAUGGCAGACUCGCCGCGCGCGCGAGAAGUGGUGCAACCUCGUCUCCCACAUAGCCCAAGAGCCCAUCUCGUCGCACACCAUUCCCCGAAAGAUGACCAUUUACCUAGCAGCGCCGCCCGGGGAUGGACUGAGGAGUGCACGCGAGCACUUCCACACCUACGUCAAGCCUGUGCUGGUUGCAGCAGCGAUGGAUUGGGAUGUAGUGGAAGGGCGCAAGGAAGGUGAUGUCCGAUUCAAGACGGCGGAGAGAAUACGUAGAAAACGCAAGAGACGAGACGAGGGGGAGCCUUUGUCGGAAGAGGAGGCCGAGAAGCUUUUGCUUAUCGAUGGAAUCCGAGCCAACAAUGGGACAACAGAGUACAACGGGGUGGCUGGCGACUUGGUCAUCGGCCGACAUACGUGGAAGGAGUAUGUGAGAGGGCUGCACGAGGGCUGGCUUGGACCUGUCGAUCCUCCUAAACAGCCGGAGUCUCACGAGCCCGCUCAGGAAGAAGCGCCGGCUCAUUCGCCUGGACAUUCAUCUCUAGGUGACGCUGCCGUCAAGGCCGCAGUACAACAUGUAGUCCCCGGCACGUCUGGCUCGGAGCUUGGGGGGCAAAACGCCUCGGAUGCUUCUCCAGUCACGGAGCUAUCAACAGAAGACCAAGCGACAGGGGACGACGAGGCACAGAAAGAAGAUGAGAAAAAGAAGGAAGAAGAAGAGAAGCCCAAGCCGCGGCAACCACCACCUUACAUCCAGCCUUCCGAAUAUGAAUCCGCCACACUAUCCCCGAACAUCCCCGAUGUUAUUGGCCCUAGCAUUGGCGUGCGCAUGCCCCACAUCCUCGGUAUGCGCAACACACCCAUCCGACUGUAUCGCUUUCUCACGCGUCGACGGCUUGCCGACUCCGUCGGGCGGGACGUGGCUACUGCAGUGCUUGCUUCGUAUCGACCGUACGACACAUUUCCUGCCGACCAUUCUGCAAGUGCCGAUGCGGGCGGAGAGAGCGCAGAGCAAACCGAAGUCCUUCGCCAUGAAGAAAGCGACUGGUGGAAGACAACGUUCAAGCCUCGCCAGGAGCAUGAAGAAAGUGUUUGGGUAGAGGACGUCGUGCUGGAUGAACGCGUGACCAGCCGAAUGCGCGCUUUCCAGUUGACUGCCGAGGAUGAAGAUCGAGCGAAGAGGCUGGGCGAUGGGACAGAGAAGGUAGACCAGAAGCCAGCUGCCGAAGACACCUCUUGAAGACCAGGUGAUGCAUCGGCAGCUUGUAUGGCCUCAUCGAGAUUGUGCAGGUCCAAGCAGUGUGGCAUGGACAACUCUCAGCUCCGACAAAGAUACCUAUUAGUACAGAAGUCACUUCAGUGAUGUGUCUGCUUCGUACUUCACCCGCAAUGCCUCGUUGUAUCGUAAGCAGUGCCCUAUUUACUUACGGUUGAGGAAUCGCUGCGCUUCAUUGUCGUCCAACCCGAACAUCGUUUCGUACGUAUUCACAGCCG